AUGGCUCUCCGUUUGUCAAAAUUCGGUGGCACAGUGAUAGCUCUUUCGAAAACGAAGGAGAACCUCGACAUCCUAACCAAACAAGACUCGAAGAUCGAGACCCUCUGCGUAAACUUGCGAGACUGGCACGCGACCAGAAAAGCAAUCAAAAGCGUUCUGCCCAUCGACCUUUUGGUAAAUAACGCCGGAGUAGCUUGUCUGAGGCCGUUUUUGCAAGCCACUCAGGAUGACUUCGAUCUGACUUUCGACGUCAAUGUCAAACAGAUAUUGAACGUUUCGCAAAUCGUCGCGGAGAAUAUGAUCCAGAGAAAAGUCGCCGGAAGCAUUGUUAAUAUAUCGUCCCAAGCUAGCCAAGCUGCGCUCAAAGAUCACGCGAUAUACUGCGCUUCCAAGGGAGCUUUGGACAUGCUAACGAAGUAA